AUGGCUGGUGUCGAGAAACCGCCGCUGUCGAUGCGGCUCGACGACCCCUUCGACCACGACGACUUGACCAUUGCCUGUCGCAAUGGCUCCUGGGCCGCCUGCACACUCAAACGCGCCUUGAUAACAUACCCCGCCGUCCUGUUGGUCGUAUUCAUUGUCACGGCCGCAACCUACACAAUCGUCACGGCGAAGAAAGAAGAGGACGAGUCCAAGGUGGAGGACUUGCUGGGCCCGGGCGGUAAAAGGCUUCCCGUCACCAAGAAGAAGAAGCGCCGCGAAGACGACAACACCGAACGCACACGAAUCGGCCCGGUCCUCUCUCCCACCUCGAAAACAUGGCUGAAAUGGAUCAGUCUCGCCGUCUUCUUGUCCUUCAUCGCCAGUGGUGUUGCCCACAUCAGCCAUGUGGUAGAGGAGUUGGAAACGGCCGGGCUGCCCAAAGACGGCGUCAAGCGGUGGGAGGAAUCGCAGAACAUGGCGGUCUACCUCAUAGGCUCGCCGAAUCUGUACCUGUACCUGUUUUUCACGCUUCUCGAAUGGCGCGACAGUCCCAUGAUAGCCCACUUCGUCACCUGGACUCUCGGUCUGGUUGGCGAGUUGACCAUCUGCGUCUGCACCUUCGUCUGGGUCAUGGAGCCUCAGUACAUCAAAAGGUCUAAGGGCCUCGAAGAGCUUCCGGCCUCCAAGUGGGACAUGGUCGACCUCAUCAUCUACGUCAUCCGCCUAGUCUUGAUGAUCACUCUCGUCGGCAUCUACGCCGCAGCUUGGGCCAAGAAACCACGACACGAAGAAGACAAAGUCGAGGAGCGAGCUUCCGCGCCCGUGGAGGAGAGUACACCCCUACUCCACGGUUCACGUACAUCGUACAGCAGUCAGUCUGGACGGGAUACGAACGGACGCUCCCUCCGCAACUCUCGGAACGGUAGUACUGUCAGCAACACUAAUGGCGCGGCAGACGGUGCCACUGCUAAGGACUACCGAGAGCCUGGUUUCUAUCGACCCGACAAGGCACCCCACAAGACCUGGUGGGAAUAUAUCCGAAGCUACAGGAUCUUCAUCCAGUAUCAGUGGCCCAAGAAUUCGCCACGCCUCAAGCUCCUCUACUGCCUCUGCUGUGUCCUUUUGCUUGCUCAGAGGACGAUUAACGUCUUCGUCCCUCUGGUAGUAGGCGCACUCACCGACCAGUUGACUAAGGGCGAGGCACCCUGGUUCAUGCUGAGCGUGUUCAUCGUCUUGCGGCUCAUGCAGGGCUCUGGCAUGCUUCUCGACGCACUGCGCGCGAUUAUGUGGGUGCCCAUCUCACAGAAUUCUUACAGGGCCUUGACUACGUCAGCCUUCGAACACGUCCACUCUCUCAGUCUGGACUUCCACCUCGGAAAACGCACCGGCGAAGUAUUGUCUGCUCUCAACAAAGGCGCAUCUAUCAACUCUUUCCUCGAACAGGCGACAUUUUCGGUAUUGCCCAUGGUUAUUGAUCUGUUCACGGCAAUUACCGUCUUCUACUGGGUCUUCGACCCAACAUACGCCGCCAUCGUCAGCUGUUUGACAUUCUGGUACCUGUUUCUCACAAUAAGAAUGGCGCAGACUCGGGCCGACCAGCGAAGAAUCAUGUCAAAUGCGGACAGGGAAGAGGAAGCCGUGAAGAAUGACUCGAUUACUAGUUAUGAGACGGUCAAAUACUUCAACGCAGAGCAGAAGGAAUUCGGCCGUUACAGGGAUGCUAUUAACUCCUACCAAGACGCCGAGAGAAAGGUCACAUGGGGCGUCAACCGGAUGAACAUCAUUCAGGCUUGCGUCUUCAUCAUGGGAUUCAGCGUGGUGUUGGUCUUCGGUGCCUACCAAGUGACGAGCGGCACAAAGCGUGUCGGCAGCUUCGUCACUCUGAUGACAUACCUCAACCAGCUGCAGCAGCCUCUCAACAUCUUUGGCUCGUUCUAUAGGACAAUCCAGCAGGCCUUGAUUAGUGGCGAGCGCCUCCUGGAGCUGUUCAAGGUCAAGCCCACGGUUGUUGACAUGGAGCACGCGAAGCCGUUGACGGAGUGUAAGGGACACAUCCGGUGGAAGAAUGUCGCAUUCAACUACGACUCCAAGAGCAAGGCUCUGAAGGAUCUCGACUUCGAAUGCAAGCCCGGCACCACAACCGCGUUCGUUGGAGAAUCUGGAGGCGGCAAAUCGACCGUUUUCCGCCUGAUGUUCCGGUACUACAACACUACUUCGGGAAGCAUCGAGAUUGACGGCCAAGAUGUCAAGGACCUUACUAUUGAUUCGGUCAGGAAGUUCAUCGGAGUUGUCCCUCAAGACACAACGCUCUUCAAUGAGUCGCUCAUGUACAACCUCAAGUAUGCCAGGGAGGGUGUCACAGACGAUGAAGUCUACGACGCCUGCAGGGCAGCCAGCAUCCACGAUCGGAUCAUGUCCUUCCCUGAUCAGUACAACACCAAGGUUGGCGAGCGCGGCCUGAAGCUGAGCGGUGGUGAAAGGCAGCGAGUUGCAAUUGCGCGAACCAUUAUCAAGGAUCCCAAGAUCAUCAUGCUGGACGAAGCCACUUCAGCUCUCGACGCGCAUACCGAACAGCAGAUCCAGGACAAACUUGGACACUUGGGCCAGGGCCGGACACUUCUAAUCAUAGCGCACCGCUUGUCCACAAUCACACAUGCUGACCAGAUCAUUGUUCUCAACAAUGGCACCAUCGCUGAGAAGGGUACCCAUGAGGAACUUGUUAACGCCAACGGACGGUACGCUUCGAUGUGGGAGAAGCAAGUGCAGGCCGAACGCGCUGCUGAGAAGGCUCGCGCUGCCAAUAGGAAGGCACAGAAGCUUCUUAAGAAGGCCCAGUUCCCCAGGGCUAAGAAGCAAACGGACGGACACUCAGACGGUGGUUACACUAGCCUUGACUCAUCGACGAUCCUGCCCGGCAGCUCCGGUGCCAACUCGAAGGCGAACACAACUGGUGACGAUUCUAGUAGUGCAGCAAGCAGCAGUUCUGACGCCGAUUCGAUACGCAGUGAUCACCACGACUCGGAUCACUCAGAGCAUCAUGAGCGAAACUAG